GGAACGGUUGGAAGGCAAUGAUUUUGCCAAUAAAGAAAUAAUCGAGAUGGCAUUUGAAGAAGAUUUAUAGCAUUCCUAAGAUAUCUUCUGAAGCAAAAUAAUGAUGUGAUACUGUCAGAUUUCUAUUAUUCAAAUAGUGUUGUUUCCAAACCCAAUGGCAUAAUUCCAGGAAUGGAUUCCUCAUAUGCAGAGAAGAAAGGUUAUUACAACAUGAUCCUGGAAAUGCAUAUAUUAAUAACAAUCUAAUAAGUACGUGGAAGCUAUUUGAUGUACUUGUCAGCCAGCCACAGAUAAAGCUUUAUCUAUCUUCAAACUGAUGGAACAGCAGCGGUGUGUCUGACUCCAUGAUAACAUUUAUCAUGGCACCUAAAACGAAGCUCACCUACUUCAAUGGUACUGGACUCGCAGAGUCCAUCCGGUUCCUAUUAGUCUACCUGGACAGAGAGUAUGAGGACAGCAGAUUUGGAGAGGAGAAGUGGGCCAAAAUUAAACCAACAACCCCCUGGGGCAAGGUCCCACUGCUGGAGGUGGAGGGCGAGAAGUCUGUAGCAUGGUCCCUUGCCAUUACACGGUACCUGGGUCGUGAAGCUGGGCUUGCUGGUGCCAACACCUGGGAGGACCUCAGGAUCGAUGAGAUUGUCUACGUCAUCAGUGACUUGCAAUCAUCAAUGGCCAGCUAUUUCCAUGAAGAGAACGAGGCUAUGAAAGAGUAUCUUAAAGGACCUUUGUUUAGUACCACAAUACCUUUCUACUUGUCACGGUUGGAGAGCCAAGUGAAGGAGAACAAUGGUUUUCUGGCAAAUGGAAAGUUAUCCUGGGCGGAUGUGUAUUUUGCUGCACUCAGUGAUUACCUGAACUGGAUGAACGGCUCAAAGGAAAUCCUGGUAGGAUACCCCAACCUGCAGUCUCUAAAAACAAAGAUCUUCGCCUUACCAAGAUCAAGGAGUAUGUCGCGAAGAGACCGAUCACUAUAGAACUCCAACUCAAAGAGUGAACACAUAUACAAAUUAAACUAAGAAAAGCUUGAAUUUAAUGCCUUAAA